CCCCGGCCUCGCACAUCUGGGCCGGGAGCGCGCGACCAUCCGGCCUGGGGGAGGGGGCCGCGGGCGGGGUGGGCGGCGCGGGGCGAGCCUGAGACGCGGGCUGGGCGCACGUCGAGGGCUGUGGCUGCCGCGGCGGGUACGACCAGGGGCUGCGGACCCGGGAUCGAGGCGGCCGAACCCAGGUCGAGCUGUCGGGAGGGUGGAGUCACAGGGCCUGCAGAGAUGCUGGCUGUCCCAGAGAUGGGCCUGCAAGGGCUGUACAUUGGCUCUAGCCCCGAGCGGUCCCCCGUGCCCAGCCCGCCCGGCUCCCCAAGGACCCAGGAAAGCUGUGGCAUUGCCCCCCUCACACCCUCGCAGUCUCCAAAGCCUGAGGCCCGAGCCCCCCAGCAUGCUCCCUUCUCUGUGGUGGUGGCCAUUGACUUUGGCACCACCUCCAGUGGCUAUGCCUUCAGCUUCGCCAGUGAUCCCGAAGCCAUCCACAUGAUGAGGAAAUGGGAGGGCGGGGACCCAGGAGUGGCCCACCAGAAGACCCCCACCUGCCUGCUGUUGACCCCGGAGGGCGCCUUUCACAGCUUUGGCUACACUGCCCGCGAUUCCUACCACGAUCUGGAUCCUGAGGAGGCGCGGGACUGGCUCUAUUUCGAGAAGUUCAAGAUGAAGAUCCACAGCGCCACUGAUCUCACCCUGAAGACCCAGCUAGAGGCUGUAAACGGAAAGAAAAUGCCUGCCCUGGAGGUGUUCGCCCAUGCCCUACGCUUCUUCAAGGAGCAUGCCCUUCAGGAGCUGAGGGAGCAGUGCCCAUCGCUGCCAGAGAAGGACACCGUGCGCUGGGUGUUGACGGUGCCUGCCAUCUGGAAACAGCCUGCCAAGCAGUUCAUGCGUGAGGCUGCCUACCUGGCUGGCCUGGUGUCGAGGGAGGAUGCAGACCAACUACUCAUCGCCCUGGAGCCAGAGGCUGCCUCUGUCUAUUGCCGCAAGCUGCGUCUACACCAGCUCGUGGACCUAAGCAGCCGGGCUCCAGGCAGUGGACGCCUGGGUGAGCGCCGCUCCAUCGAUUCCAGCUUCCGGCAGGCCCGCGAGCAGCUGCGCCGGUCCCGCCACAGCCGCACGUUCCUGGUGGAGUCCGGCGUCGGAGAGCUGUGGGCAGAGAUGCAAGCAGGAGACCGCUACGUGGUGGCAGACUGCGGGGGAGGCACGGUGGACCUGACCGUGCACCAGCUGGAGCAGCCGCAUGGCACCCUAAAGGAACUCUACAAGGCAUCUGGCGGCCCCUAUGGCGCGGUGGGCGUGGACCUGGCUUUUGAGCAGCUGCUGGGCCGCAUCUUUGGAGAAGACUUCAUCGCCACCUUCAAAAGGCAACGCCCGGCAGCCUGGGUGGAUCUGACCAUCGCCUUUGAGGCCCGCAAACGCACGGCAGGCCCACACCGUGCAGGGGCACUCAACAUCUCGCUGCCUUUCUCCUUCAUUGACUUCUACCGCAAGCAGCGAGGCCACAACGUGGAGACAGCCCUGCGCCGGAGCAGCGUGAACUUCGUGAAGUGGUCCUCACAGGGGAUGCUCAGGAUGACUUGUGAGGCCAUGAACGAGCUCUUUCAGCCCACGGUCAGUGGGAUCAUCCAGCACAUAGAGGCGCUGCUGGCACGGCCCGAGGUGCAGGGCGUGAAGCUGCUGUUCCUGGUGGGCGGCUUUGCCGAGUCCGCUGUGCUGCAGCACGCGGUGCAGGCGGCGCUGGGCGCCCGCGGCCUGCGCGUGGUGGUCCCGCACGACGUGGGCCUCACCAUCCUCAAGGGCGCGGUGCUGUUCGGGCAGGCGCCGGGCGUGGUGCGGGUGCGCCGCUCGCCGCUCACCUACGGCGUAGGCGUGCUCAACCGAUUCGUGGCUGGGCGCCACCCGCCCGAGAAACUGCUGGUCCGCGAUGGCCGCCGCUGGUGCACCGACGUCUUCGAGCGCUUCGUGGCCGCCGAGCAGUCGGUGGCCCUGGGCGAGGAGGUGCGGCGCAGCUACUGCCCGGCGCGCCCGGGCCAGCGGCGCGUGCUCAUCAACCUGUACUGCUGCGCCGCCGAGGACGCGCGCUUCAUCACAGACCCCGGCGUGCGCAAGUGCGGCGCGCUCAGCCUGGAGCUAGAGCCCUACGACGGUGCGUCCUCCGGCCGCCGCGAGAUCCGCGCCGCCAUGCAGUUUGGCGACACCGAGAUUAAGGUCACCGCCGUCGACGUCAGCACCAAUCGCUCCGUGCGCGCCGCCAUCGACUUUCUUUCCAACUGAGGGCGUGCGCGAGGACCAGUUCCCCAGUGCCAGGCCCCGCCCUCUUGUGGUCGUGGGGUCGGCUCUAGUGGAUGGAGCUGCUGGUUCUGAAGUCGCGCCUCUUCCCCCACCCUCCCGCCUGGGGAGAUGAGGUCGCAGGAUGGGUGGGGACAGACUCUGGCUUUGGAAUUGGGCCCAGGUCCGCUGACUGGAAGGCUGCAGAGCCCUGCCAAGGGCUGAGGUCAAGGAAUCAGAAGAGGUUUGUAAGCCGGUGCGCCCACAGGGAACACGUCACCCCGAAGGCAGAAUGCACCAGAAGACCGAGCCCUGGCCUGAACUGGGGG